UUGAUGGCAUAAUAAUGAUAAUGAUGAUGUGAGGCAAGCUGUUACAUACACGCACAAAGGUAGAUGGGCAAUUACGUUUGUGGGUUUGUGUGUGUGAGAGAGAAGUUUCAACUCUAAUCCUCGACUAGCAUUGUUUGGUGUUUCAUCUAAAUACCAAACAUGAAACCCCAAACAAAACAACACUAAAAUUACAGUUCUGUGCUUCUGUGUAAUUUGUGCUUAAUCUGUCUACUUUUAGUUUCUCCUCCAAGUGCAUUUUGGGGGGAAAAGACGAUAGAGUAAAUCUACAUUCGUUCACAGUCAUUGCACCUGCAACUGUAUCGCACAUGCGUCGCCUUCUGUGUGUGCGAGAUGGCUGGGAAGCUCAGCCCAAAUGGAGAUCAAAUCUAGGGGUUGUUUCACUCUGUGUAAUCACCUCACACCACUGACGGUCUGUAUGAAUCUACAGUCUGGGAUAGAAAGAAAUCAGUCCCAGCCUCACUUCUUUCCGUGCCCUUUUUUUUUUUUUUUAAUAACCAAGCUGUUGCACUUUGUUCUUCAAAAAUCUUCAAAAAAAAAAUAAAUAAAUAAAAAUCUCCAUUUGUUGAUGGCAAAUAAUCUGAUGUGGAUGCCAAAUAGAGGCUUAGCCCUGCUGGCCCCAUCUCAAUUUCAUGAAAUUCUUAAUGGAUCUUAAUAAAUGAAUGCACAACCUUCAUGCAUAAAAGUAAAGCAACAUCAUUGCUUCUGGGUUUUAAUUUUGCAUUAAAAACAUUCAGGGCCAGCUCAGAAUCUUUUCACCGGGUAUUAUAUAGUAGGAAGUUUGGUAAAUGCAGCACUUUAGCCGUGAGGUGUCGCCUCUGUCUGGUGUUGAACAGUAACAGUAACAGUAACAGUAACGGUACACCCGGGCUCUGUGAACGCACCCCGCGCAUCAGUUAAGCAGCACACCUGCCUGAGGAACGCUGAGAGGCGGCUUAGCUCACACACCAGCCUCGGCUUCUUCCCAAAACUCCUUACCCAGGAAAGAAAACUAAUAUAUUUAGAAUAAUUUAACACUUUUGUUUUAGAAUUUCGUCUCUUUUGGUGGUUAAAACAACUGAAAGAUGCAGCAGCCCUCGGUAACCCCGAGCACAGACGCAGACUCGUCAGAGCAGUACUCAAAGAGACGUUGCACAGCGAUGUGGUGCACUGUGGCUUUACACUCUCUGUCCGUCAUCAUCCUGCUGAUCGGCCUCAUGGCUGCUACCCGCACUGGAAAUGUGGCAGUGGCUGGUUACUACUCAGGCAUUAUACUGAGCUUUGGGACGUUCUUGGGCAUCGUUGGGCUCAAUGUGGUGGAGAAUCGCAGACCCAUGUUGGUGGCCUCCAUCAUUUUCAUCAGCCUGGGCGUAAUCUCCUGCUUCUUCUGCGCCAUUGUGGACGGCAUCAUCGCCGCUGAGUAUAUUGACAGGAGACCACUAAUGGAAGGAAGGUGCGAGUUCUAUGCCAGCAGCACAGGUUAUGCGUAUGACAACUACUACAAUGAAGUUGUAUGUCAGAACUAUAACCAAGACUGCAAGCUCAAGGUGAAGACAAACACCUGUUACUGCUGUGAUUUAUACAGUUGUGAGAGCCCAGGGUACCACACACAUUACUUUGAGUUCACGGGUGUGAGUAGUUGCUGGGACGUGGUGCACCUGCACAGGCUGCUGUGGUCUGACGUAGUGCUCAAUGUGCUGGGAGUUUUCCUGGGCAUCAUUACUGCCGCCAUACUGGGAGCCUUCAAGGAUCUGGUUCCAGCUGUUCAGUCCCAGAUGUCUCCCAGGCCAGCUCCUCCACCACACAUCCUCUAUAAUCCCACCCAGCAUGUGGUCACUUACGCAGGAUUCUGCCCAUCUGGACAAGCCCUGCCUGCUUACCCCAAUUAUCCAGUGCCCAUGCAGCACCUUAAUGGUUACCAAGCAGCCAGCCCUUCUCAGCCCAGUCCUGAGGUGCCUAUGUCGCCAUCGGAAGAGAGCCAGCCUCCCACUCAGCCCAACAAUACCAACCCUUCAAUUCCAUCCCAGUCCACCUGUCCAGACACCUCAGGCUAUAUGCUCACUCCAAACGCACCCUCGCUCUACCCUCACUCAUUAGGGCCCUUUGAAAAGCCUCCACCCUAUGCCUACUGAAGGACUCAACCAUUUCAUUCUUUGAAAAUAGAGGGCACAAACAGCCCUGGUCUAACGUGGUCAGGAUGUUAGAAAAGGACUACUUGAGUAAGGUUCUCAUAAAAGACUUAGAAGUGUAGAAUAAGAUGUUGCCUUUUAAAGAACAUUAUGAACAAUAUGAAGCGGGGAAAUCAUUAAUUAGAACUUAUUCUGAUGAGUUUUUAGCACACCUCACAGCCUGAUCUGAAAUACUGAUUCUGUUUUAUCCCUCCUAACCCCCAGGGGCAGUGAGAAUCACCUGGAUAACUUCCUGUAAAUUCCAGUUAAAUCAUGAAGUCAUGUAUGACGAGUUAUUUGCAAUAACUACCACAAUUGUACAGCCAUCUUUACCUUUUCUUCAUCUCGCUUUGCACACAGUUCAGACCACAUAUACCACAUACGUAUCCCGUUUGGAGCUAGUUGCUUAACCGCAUAUGACUUGUUAGCUUUUCAUCUCCCAAAGUCUAGUAUGUGUGCUGCAUAUGUGCUGCUAGCAUGGUUCAGUGCUAUACCACACACUUUCUCCCUGAGCCUACUAAGUUAGCUAGACUCCACUAAUGUGCAUACUGGGGCUGGAGUAAAGCUGAACAGUCACAGCUUAUUCACAGCUGAACAGUUGAAAGUUAAGGGCCUUGCUCAGGGUCCCAACAAUUGGCAAUGCAGGGAUUCAAACUCACAAGCUUCUGAUCAUUAGCCCAAUGCCCAAUGCCUUAACCAAUGAGGCAUCCCUGCCUCUUCCCCUCCCUUACUCCUGCCUUCACCUUUCUGCUGAGUAAGGGUUUUUCCGUACUUUCCACCAUCUAACAGACUGGCAGGCCUGUAGGUAAGUGCUGCUACCAUGGAUUAGUUAGUUUCCUUCACUGUACCACACACCAUUUGCUGCUGAGCCCCUGCAACCUUAGCCAGAUUCGCUACACUGAGGCUGGAAUCACUAAGCACUGCUAGCAUGAUUCAGUAGGUUCGUCACAUUAUGGCACUCGGUCUCACAGUGAACUCAAAGCGCUCCCUAACACUGAAACAGGCCACACAAUUCAUCAACAUGAAAGUAGAUUACGCAGGCCAAUACCAGCUACCAGCUCCUACUGAGGAGGCUAGUAUUUAUGACGGUGCAGCUUCAGGAUUAGUUCUCUUGGGCUUGACAUAACUGAGACAUCCAGUGGGUUAUCAUCUGCAACUACAUCCUAAGAACCACCGGAAGAGGCAUGUCCUCAUUUCACUGAGAGGGGCACAUGUUCUUGUCUUGUCCACUUGGGAGUGAUACCCCAUUGGAGAGUCACCAAGGACCUCUACCUCACUGGCUGUGGGGCAGUGUUGUGCCACAGGAGGUGUGUGACCACCUGGUAUGAGAUCAGAACACAACACCAGCUAGAACUGAAGGUGCUCCCUCUAGCAACAGAUACAUCAAGCAUCAAGGUUGCACGAGAUCGAACAGCUUCUUCACCUUACACAUAAGCUCCUCAAGUGGGCCUAUCCAUGGUUAGCCUCAAUGAGAGCGACUCACCUAACAGGACUGUACAAUAGUGCAGCAGACAGGCUGCAGAGACAGUGGCAUCUGCAUCCAGAAUUGGGAUCUGAAAAAUGUUUGGCAAGGAAGAUUGCAGUUCCCCUAGCAGAGCCAGGCAGCCUGGUGGGACAUCUACUGCCGUUUAACCUCAACCACUGCUUCUGCCAGAAUUCAAACAAAAUUCAGCAGCUAGACCACAGAGUCCUAUUUGUUACUCUGCAGUAGCCAGUAAGGACUUGGCUCCCAUUGGUGUUUAAAGUUGGGGUCAUAAGUUUACGUACACCUUGCAGAAUCUGCAAAAUGUCAAUAAAUUAAAAAAUAAAUAAGAAGGAUCAUAACAAUUCCUUUUUUAAAUUUAGUACUGCCCUGAAUAAGCUAUUUCACAUAACAGAUGUUUACAUAUAGUCCACAAGACAAAUUACACCAAUCAUCCUGUUCAAAAGUUUACACCCCCCUGGCUCUUAAUGUAAUGUGUUGCCUUCCUGAGCAUCAGUGAAUAUUUGCACCUUUUGUAAUAAUUGUGUAUGAGCUCCUCAGUUGUACGUAAACAUCUGUUAUGUGAAAUAGCUUAUUCAGGGCAGUACUAAAUAAAAAAAAAUUGAGCCCUCAUUUUUUUUUUUUUUAUUAUUAACAUUUUGCCAAUUCUGCAAGGCGUAUGUAACCUUAUGACCCCAACUGUAUGCUAAUUGUCUGAACACCCUGGCGACUUCAUCCCCGAACAAAUCUUCUAUCCCGAGUGGAAGUGUGCACCUAACAGUCCAGGAAACAUCUGAAUGCAAGAGCCCCUAUUAUGCCUUAUGAUGGAACCUGUUCCAUGAAUGGUGCAAACCUCAUCGGCUGAACCUGUGCACUGCCCAAUUCUAAAAAUACUAACCUUUCUUGUUGCAAAGCAGUCCACAACCUGGUAGCCAGAUGACUCUAUAGUUAUGCCCAGAUUUAUUGCCCAAGGUCAUAGUACCCAAAUUUGACGUUAUUCGGGUGACUCUCAAAGAAGGGGUGAAAUAGAACACUAGAUAUGUAUGUAACUGUGGUUCUGUGAAGACAACCGCCAGGGUUCAUUGUCAUUCAGAACCAGAAAAGACCCAGUGAGAAACUUCUAGAGCAAGAAGGCUGGAUGUCUGGUAUUUAUUGCAACUACUGUCAUGCAUCACUUUGUGACUUUGUUGGAAGGUCUCAGUAUGGGUGUUUACCCAGAUAAGAAGGUAUCCAGGCGAGUCUCACCAUCCCUGGGAGUUACAGCCAGUAAGCCAUAUCGCUUACUUACUUACUUACGUAUUCUUCUGCCAGGGCAGUUACUCAAAACUCCCCAAUUCACAGCUGACUCAUACUCUGAUGAGUUCUGACAUUUACUAUGUUCGACAAACUAUGAAUAAUUUGCAAUAGGCCUACAAAAUUUAGUUUGUUUGCUAAGUCCAUUCGGUUUCUUUUAAAAGCAGUAACAAGAGAUUGUAGGAAAUAAAUCAAGUCUUAUCCAGUAUUACCAUCUUGCACUACAGAAUAUCCAGACCAAAGAAUGUUUUCCGCUCUAUACAAGAUAGAGCACAAACACAGUCUUAUUAC